AUAUAAAUUAGAACAUAUACUGUGCAGUUUCCAUUUCCCGUUACAGGUUGGUGCAACCACAGUAUUCCACAGUCAUGCUGAAACAACUAAGAAUGUUCACUAUCUUCAUUGCGGUACUGGUUAUAGCCUAUAUUAGCAGGACCUCUUUUAAGUUUUUUGUAAUCUCGUACAGCGCCAAUUCGUUCCGUGCUUCCACCAUUCUAAGAGAAGGAAAUGGAAUCUUAUUUAUGGAGACCACGGACAGAAUGAAUCCACCAUCCCUGGUACUUUGUGCCAUUGAAUCAGCCGCACAAGUCUACCCUGACCGACCGGUGGUCUUCUUCAUGAAAGGACUGGAGGACAUUACCAGCGAGGAAGACGAAAAGAGAGCAAAACAACAAUUUCCAACCCUGUCGUCUUAUAGCAACAUUUAUCUCUUCCCUCUAAGAAUGGAUCAGUUAUUUAAUAACACACCACUUAAGCCGUGGUUUGAUAAGGUAAACCCUGAAAAAGAAGUCUACUGGACCCAUGUGAGCUCAGAUGCCUGUAGGUUUGCCCUAAUGUGGAAAUACGGUGGAAUUUACAUGGAUGCUGAUGUCAUCUCACUUCGUCCAAUACCCCAGGACCAUUUCCUUGCAGCCGAAGAAUUCACAAUUACUAGCAGUAGUGUUUUUGGCCUUUCCUCACAUUACCAGUUGGCAUGGCAGUUUAUGGAGAACUUUGUUGAGAACUACAAGGGAGAGUUAUGGGGACACCAAGGACCGGGGCUUUUCACCCGUGUUGUGAAGAAAUUGUGUGGCAUGCCCGUAUUUAACUCUACAGAUGAUGUCAUGUGUGGAAACAUCAGUUAUUUUCAUCCUCAACGUUUCUACCCCAUCAAUUAUCCAUCAUGGAGAAGGUAUUUUGAAGUCUGGGAGAAUUUGCCAACUUUUAAUGACUCCUAUGCCUUACAUCUUUGGAAUUUCAUGAAUAAAAACGGUAAAUCUAUGGUACCUGGAAGCAACACGUUGGUGGAACAUCUCUACAAAAAAUACUGCCCAGUCACCUAUGGAUUUAUAUUGGCAAAUGAGAAAACUCACCUGUAACAAGGUUUGUUGUGCUUAUAAAACAGAUUGUGUGACUCAAUUUAGAGAGGAAGCACCUUAAAGGGGUUGUAAAGGAACAUUUUUUCCCCCUAAAUAUCUUCCUUUACCUUAGUGCA